AUGAGUAAUCCAGAAGAUAAUCAAACAAAUAAUAAUUUAAGUGAAUUACGUGCUGAUGUUGCUGCGACAACAGAUGUUUUGAAAGUAACAGUUGAAAAAUUAGUUCAACGCGGAGAUAAUUUAGAUGCAUUAAAUAAUCGAGCUGAAACUUUGAAUUCAACAUCAUAUCAUUUUCGUGGUACCGCAAGACGAGUCAAUCGACGUAUGAGAUGGCAAAAUUAUAAAUUAACCAUUUUUAUUAUCUUCGUUGUCGUCUGUGUAAUUGCGUUCAUUAUAUUGAUGGCUCUUCAUCCAUGGAAAACAUGA